GCUGUCAUGGCUGAAAAAAGAACUGUUUUGGGGCUGCCACUGCUGUUUCUGUUAAUUUCUGUGGCUUUCUUGCAUUUAUUAAUAUGUCCGUUUACUAAAGUUGAAGAGAGCUUCAAUUUACAAGCGGCCCACGACAUUCUGUACCACAGACUUGACUUUGACAAGUACGACCAUCAUGAAUUCCCCGGUGUGGUGCCACGAACCUUCCUCGGCCCGCUGUUCCUCUCCACGAUCUCCGCCCCUGUUGUUUUUCUGUCCUCUCUGCUGGAUGCACCAAAGUUCUACACACAGCUUAUAGUUCGAGCCUCGCUGGGAGUUUGUGUAAUCGGUGCACUAUGGCACAUGCAGAGGGAGGUGAGGAGGCAGUUCGGCUCCACAGUCGCCACCCUGUUCUGUCUGACUUGUGCUUCUCAGUUUCACCUAAUGUUCUACAGCACAAGGACGCUCCCCAAUGUGUUUGCACUUCCGAUAGUUCUUUUAGCGUUCACGUCGUGGAUGGCUCAGAAACAUGGCCGGUUCAUCAGCCUCUCUGCUCUGGUCAUCAUUGUGUUCCGCUCUGAGCUCUGCAUCUUCUUAGGCCUCAUGUUACUGAUAUCACUGCUGAGCAGGAGGCUGGGACUGCUGCAGAUGCUGUACUAUGCUGCUCCUGCUGGGAUCUUGUCACUGGCUCUGACAGUUGCUGUUGAUACUUUCUUCUGGAGGAAGCCUCUGUGGCCCGAGGGCCAGGUGCUGUGGUACAACACUGUUCUUAACAAAAGUUCCAACUGGGGAACUUCUCCCUUCCUCUGGUACUUUUACUCGGCGGUACCUCGUGCUCUGGGCUGCACGCUGCUCUUCGUGCCUCUGGGCCUCCUCGACAGGCGAAUGAGGCUGCUGCUGCUGCCCACGGUGGGCUUCAUUCUCAUCUACUCGCUGCUGCCCCACAAGGAGCUGCGUUUCAUCCUCUACACUUUCCCUGUGCUCAGCUUGGCGGCUGCACGAGGCUGCUCCUUCAUUUUGUGCAACUACCAGAAAUCCUGGAUGUAUAAACUGGGCUCUGCAGUGGUGGUCGGCCAGCUGUUGACCAACGCAGUGUACUCGAGUAUUUGCCUUCACGUUUCUCACCACAACUACCCCGGAGGCAAAGGGAUGCAGGAACUACACCGGCUGCUGCCAGACACAGCAGAUGUCUCCGUUCAUAUUGACACUUACGCUGCUGAAACUGGAGUAUCACGCUUCUUAGAGCAAAACACAAACUGGAGAUAUGACAAACGAGAGGACUUGAGCCCCACAAGUCCUGAGAUCAAAACGUACUCGCACCUACUGAUGGAGGCUAAUAUCACCAAGAUACAGCUGCUGCAGGACACCCACCAGCCUCUGGCCUUUAUAGACGGCUUCCGCAACAUCGCCUUCGAUUUGUUUCACUUCCCACCUGUCAGUGUGCGUUUGGAGAGAAAAGCUGUGCUGAUGAGGAGGAAGACUGACGCCAGGCUGCGGACAAAGUGACUCUAACAGGAAUGUGUUUUUUUAAGUGACCAAAAGAUAAUACUGUUUAAAAUCUUGACAAAGAUGUGUAUAAAUAUUUCUACAGGUAUCACAUUCCACAACAAAUACUGGUGAGUUUUUUCUGCAGCAGAUUAUGAUGUUAUAUUUAUACUGUCAGGCUUCUUUUGUGAUGUUUUUCUAUUUUCAUUGAAGGAAACAAGUCGGCAUUCUUAAGUUGAGACCAUUAUGUUACGAAUUCUUUACUUCAAAAUAAGAUCUGUAUAUUUUGUAGAUAAGAGUUCUUAAAUCAAUAAAACUGUGACCACCUUAAAAGCUAACGACAGCAUCUGCAUUCUUGUACAAUAAUAAUCUAAUUUAGAAAAAAAACAUCUGGAAUAGUGUAUAAGGAAAACCUUUAUUUACAAAUGACCACAAAAUUUUUGCAUUUUUCCAGUCUCAAUGCUAAAACAUUUAUCAAAUUAGGUUCAGAAGUUAUUUAAUAUAAAAAUGUACAGUACAUUGUUUUACUCAAUAAUAAACCCAUAAUUUAAUCCCCUGGACAUAAACUUAAAUUGUGCUUAAGAGACAAAUUGUAUAUUCCAAACAACCCCCUUAUUCUGAAAAUACAGCAAUAAUAUACACGAUCUUAUUAAAAACAUUUCAGCAAGUAAAAAAAAAAAAAAAAAAAAA